CCAUUCGAUCAACACUUUAAAUGCUUGCUCGUGUGUGGAGGCCGAAGCAAAUCUCCGACCCCACUGGAAGACACCGAUUCACGAAGUCCACAGUUACCGACAAAUGGGAUCCAAAUCCAUCCAGCGGGCUUGACCUGAUAUCCCAUUGACAUGAUUGACAACUUUUCAUCGAGGCCUACAGCCUACAGCCCGACACAAAAGAUUUCAUGAAAGCCUAACAGUCUCUUGACGCCUACAAGUACUAUUGGUGAUGUCUAUGCCUCGCUCUUCCUCCGUGUCCUCCAUCUCUCUGCUUGAGAUUAAAUCUGAGAGCCGUCUUGUCCUCCAAGCCUUCCUCCAUCAAACUCUGUCUGUCCCGUUUGUCGAGCGGAUGGGCAGAGUCGGGGGUGCCUACAGGGAUCACAACAAGUACAGUGCUACGGCAGAAACGAAAGUAAAAGAUGGGUGGGAUUCUCAGGCCGAAGAUGAAAGCUCAGCAGACGAGAAGAAGAUGGGAUUUAAGGACUUCCUAAAGCACCUGCCACGGCGAAAUACUGCGCGCUCUUCUGUGAAAGAUGGGAAAGGUUCUUUAGAAAAGGACAGCAAGCCCAGACCACCAAACCUCAGAGAGCUAUCAGAGGAAGAUAUUUUGUCCCCCUCCUCUACAUCCGAAGAGGAUGACGGUGAAAAGAAACAGACCAAGAGACUGAACAAAAAGAAGAUAAAAAAAAGGCUUUCCAAGUUUUUCAAGAUAAAGGUAGAGAAGGACAAAGAAAAACAGAAAGAGAAGGAAAUACUGAAGGAGAAGGAAAAGGAGAAAGAGGGACCUGGCUCUCAACCUCAGAGGCCUUCCACAUUGCUAUUCGACAAAACAGCUGAGCUCAUACCAAUCAUUGUUUCCCCAAAUCACCCUCCGGCAUUCUAUCAAGAAGUUGCGCAGAAGCUGGAAAAGAUUGCCCAUAGGUCUACCAGUACAAAGAGGCCGAGUCCCACACUCCCACAAGCUCCCUCAGUUGUGGAUGACAAAGAGUUAGUGGUGCAACAGCUUGUUCAAGUGCUGUCUGCCGAGGCAGAUUCUAUCAACAAUAAGAUCCAGUUGGACCCAUUUCUGCGCUCGAGUUUGUCUCGCCUGUCGUAUCCGUCCUUUGCCAGGCUUCUCGACACAGUCAGUAGAACUCAGGUAUCAGACGUCCCUCUCCACCUGCCGACGGCGAGCCCAACUUUACGCCGCAUGGCCGUCUCCAUGGAGGUGUCAAGGCGGAUAGUGACAGCUACUGGUGUCCAUCGCAUGCAAGGGUAUGCAGAGUGCUACAUGGAGACAUUUUCCCCCUGGUUAAAGAGUCAAGGAGGAUGGGAGAAUGUGGUCGAUAUGAAGGAUCCUGUGGAAUACGACUGAAGAUCAUUUUGUAUUUAUUUUUUUACCGUCAGCUGUGCCAUGGAGUGUCUUGAAGACAUUGUUAUGAUCAAGGUUAUUGCUGUGAACGCGUAUUUACUCAUACAUUGGAUUGUUGCUCUGUCAAAGCAAGAAUCCGAUCAAGUUUGAAUGAGACUGUAGAUGGUUGAGGAUUUAUUACAUAUGCUCCUGCUGACAACUUAGCACACAGACUCGCAAGUUUAAAAUUAAACAAACUGUUGGGAAAGUUUUUGGGGUGAGAUCAAAGGUUGAGGGAAUUUUCUCCUUAUGAUGCACACAAACUCUUUGGAACUGCAUCAUUUGGGCAUAACACCUUCAUCAAGAGCAAAAUACUUAAUACUACCUCCAUUGAGUGUGUGGCUUUUUAAAGAGGAUAGUUUCAGUUUUAGGUUCACCCUGUUGUGAUUUCUACAAACACUACCAAAAUUUUCAUUAUUUUGUUUUUUGUGUUGCUUAAUGGAGGUUAGCAAAAAGGCAAAUCCUUGAAAUCAUGCAUUACUGUCCACCAAAGUUUUUGUUGUUUUCUUAUUAUGUUGAACUAGUCUUGAAAAUGUUAAAGAUAUGUGUAAUAAGUUAUUCAAUGUGUAUAUGUUUCUCUUCUAGGAUACAAUUUUAUUAUUACGUUGUUGCUUUGAAUGGUGGUAGAACUUUCAAACUAGUGCAACAAAUUCUGUUGUCCAUUACAAAUGGAAACCUUUUUUUAAUGAAUAUGCUGUUUUUACAGAGUAUGUAUUUAUAAUUACAAUAUUGCAAAGCAGAGGGAUAAGAGAAAAAGAAGCAAAAUAAAAUACACAUACAGUAUAUUUAUUUACAGCCUGAAGAAACAACCAUCUCUUAGAACAUGCAAGGGAUAAUAAUGGAAUCAGCAUCAGCACUGUUGGAGGGGUACAUUAGCGGAAGAUUAUGAUGCAAGGACAGUUUACACAUCAGUCCCAAAAUAUUUGAUGGCUUGAUGAACUUUUUUUUUUUUUUUUUUUAUCAACUUUGUUUUUUGCACUGAAUUUUGUUUUUGGAGAGGACAGGUUAUGAAACAUUUUUUCACUUGAUUAUAUGAAAACACGAUCUUGAUCUGUAAAAAAAAAAUAAAACUGUCCACUGGAAGGUA